GGCUGGGGUUUGGCUCUUGGCCUUGCGUGCUGUGGCCGCUCCAUGCUGCACCUUAGCCUCCGUGUCUGUAGGGCAGCGCCAGUCUGUGUUGGUAGGCAGCACUAGCUCUUGACAUCUCACGGAAUUUGGACUCUAAGCCUGCAAGAAUGAGGCUAGGCAGCAGGUGGAGUGCCUUGUUCGUGCCACAUGGCUGGUUCCUGGUGGUACUGUUCUGAUCCUGGCUGGCCCCAGAGCCUGUUCUAGUGCUGCUGUGUCGCUCCUUCCUCUUCUCACUGGGUGGCAGUGGGGACAAGGAUGGGUCCUCCCGUGAUCCCAGUUCCCUGCACCUGGGUCUGGUGUCAUCUGUGCCUGACAAAUGUGACCUGGGUGAGAGAGAACCUCAGAGCUAAGGGACGGAGUGAUCCAGGAGGGCUUACCAGGGUGGUGCUUCUGCUGGGCCUGGGGACCCAGAUAUGGAACUGCGGGAAGAGGCCUGGUCUCCGGGGCCGCUGGAUUCUGAGGACCAGCAGAUGGCCAGUCAUGAGAAUCCAGUGGACAUCCUCAUUAUGGAUGAUGAUGAUGUCCCCAGCUGGCCUCCGACCAAGCUGUCGCCUCCCCAGUCCGCACCCCCGGUUGGCCCCCCAUCCCGGCCAAGGCCGCCUGCCCCCUACAUCUGCAACGAGUGCGGGAAGAGCUUCAGCCAUUGGUCCAAGCUGACGCGGCACCAGCGCACACACACUGGGGAGCGGCCCAACGCCUGCAGCGACUGCGGCAAGACCUUCUCGCAGAGUUCGCACCUGGUGCAGCACCGGCGCAUCCACACGGGCGAAAAGCCCUAUGCCUGCUCCGAGUGUGGCAAGCGCUUCAGCUGGAGCUCCAACCUCAUGCAGCACCAGCGCAUCCACACCGGGGAGAAGCCCUAUGCCUGCCCCGACUGCGGCCGCAGCUUCACACAGAGCAAGAGCCUGGCCAAGCACCGGCGGUCGCACAGCGGUCUCAAGCCUUUCGUGUGCCCGCGCUGUGGCCGCGGCUUCAGCCAGCCCAAGAGCCUGGCGCGCCACCUGCGGCUGCACCCUGAGCUGUCGGGGCCGGGUGUGGCAGCCAAGGUGCUGGCGGCUAGUGUCCGCAGGGCCAAGGCGCCCGAGGAGGCAGCGGCGGCGGACGGCGAGAUCGCCAUCCCAGUGGGUGACGGCGAGGGCAUCAUCGUGGUGGGCCCACAGGGCGAGGGGGCCACGGCGACCGCAGCCAUGGCGGGUUCAGGGCCCAAGGCUGCAGGGCCCCGGUCGCGGCGCGCCCCUGCUCCCAAGCCGUACGUGUGCAUGGAGUGUGGGAAGGGCUUUGGGCACGGGGCCGGGCUCCUGGCCCACCAGCGGGCCCAGCACGGGGACGGGCUCGGGGCAGCGGGGGCCGAGGAACCCGCCCACAUCUGUGUGGAGUGCGGGGAGGGCUUCGUGCAGGGCGCCGCGCUCCGGAGACACAAGAAGAUCCAUGCUGUGGGUGCGCCCUCGGUCUGCAGCAGCUGCGGACAGAGCUACUAUCCUGCCGGUGGGGAGGAAGAGGAAGAGGAGGACGCGGCUGGUGGGCUGUGUGCCGAGUGCCGCGGUGGGGAGGGCCGGUAGGGGCAGGGGAACCGGGGGGCGGCGGGGCCCCUCGGGCUUGGCGGGAACUACGACGUCCAAGACCCGGAGAUCCAGGGACAGUGAGGGUGUGACGGACCGCGGCUUCCUCGGCUCCCCCAACGCCGUCCACCCAGGGUUCGAGGGUGGGUGUUAAGGCCAGUUCACUUUACCUGGAGACUGCUGGCCCUCUCAGCACCUGCCCCAACCAGCCUGGCCUGCCCUGGCCCUGGUCCAGAGACUGCGAGAGAACUGUAGACCGAGCGGCCACCAGACUCGGCUCUAAAGGCCAAUUCCUCUUCUCUUCCCCCCUGGCGAGGAGUGAGGUGGGGAUGUGAGAAGGAAUGGAGAGAAUUGGGCCUUAUGCAUUUUGAGGGGCCCAGGUGAGAGAGAAUUGGAGUAGGGCCCUUAUCUCAUUUAGAAUUUUCUUUUAGUCACACCCACCGUCCUGACCCUUCUUGCCAGUUAUUUUUCUGCCCUGGGGGUCCCUUUGUUUUUUUUUUUUUUUUCCUAGCGAAAGUCAUCUGCGCCCUCCUGGGUUCUGAGCGAAGUAGAGUCUGGCCGCUGUUUCUAUCCGAACCGGUGCCACGAGGUCCCCUGGCUAGGGCGAAGUGGGAGAAGGUGCAGGGCAAUAAAGCGCACUGUUAGCCGUCCGGCCCGCCUGGUUCUUGAGUCUGGGAGGGCGAAGGGAGGCGGGUGGGGGCCGGCGGGCCUUGGGUGCAGCCGCAUCGGCUGAGGGUCCUCCCUCCCGACGGCUUGCGCCCACGCCGGUGGCGGGCAGCACUGCAGUGACUGGAGCCCGGCCACCGCAGGCAGGCAGCUUCCUUCCCUCCACUGUCAACGUGGCUGCUCUCCAACCUCGAAGACACCCCCCCAGUACCACUGAGGGCGCCCCUGUAGUCACGUG